AUGAACAGAAUUUACGCGAAACCCUCUAACACGAGUGGAGGUGAAGGUGUUGCCUCUGCACCGACCAGCAACGCACGGAUCGCACUCACCGCGGCAGCCGACACUGGCGGUCGUUUCGAACUGAGUGACCACGGUUACGGCAAAAGCUGCGUCAAGCUCCUCCACGUUUACCGUGAUGGAGAACAUCACGCCAUCCGAGAAUACGAAGUGUCGACGGAAUUGAAACUCACAAGCGAAUCACCUUACGUCAUUGGAGACAAUAAAGAUGUGGUCGCGACCGACUCGCAAAAAAACACUGUUUAUUUGCUAGCGAAAAAGCACGGUGUUAAAACACCCGAAGAAUUCGGUGCAGUGGUUGUGAACCAUUUCCUGUAUAUGUAUAAGCAAGUCGGUGAGGCUAAGUGUCGUGUUGUAGAAUAUCCGUGGGAGAGACUGCAGGCAGGCGCCCCCCACAAUCAUGCCUUCAUUUUUUCACCAACCGCUACUAGAUGGUGUGAAGUAUCUCAAGUUAGACAUGACGCAGUCGUAGUAAAAUCGGGUUUGAGCGGAUUACGAGUGUUGAAAACGACACAAUCUGCUUUCGUUGAUUUCGUUCAAGAUGAAUAUACAACGCUUGCAGAUGCUGCAGAACGCAUAUUCAGUACUGUAGUAGAAGCUGAAUGGACGUAUGAUAAUAUGCGGACUCCUGACUUUGACAAUGCAUGGCUGACUGUCAAAGAUGCGAUUUUGGAUAAAUUCGCUGGACCACCUGACACCGGAGUUUAUUCUCCUUCUGUUCAGCAUACCUUAUAUCAAGCCGAGAAAACAGUUCUUGAAAAAGUUUCAGAGAUUACUUGGAUCAAAAUGACCAUGCCAAACAAACAUUAUCUGAACAUCGACAUGUCGAAAUUCCCCACCAAUGUGACGAAAGGUGAUCCGCGUCACCAUAUUUAUCAACCUGUAGACAAGCCUGCUGGACUCAUCUACGCACAGUUACGCCGUAGACCUAAAAGCCACUUGUGA